AUGUCACAGCAGACCUCCAGUAUCACCUUCCGGGACGACAGCUCAUUCCCCUACAUCUACGAACAGAACGUGGACAUCCCCUUACGCACCUACAAGACAGGAGUAAUCCGGGCAAAUAUCCACCGUCCCCAUGACACCGAGAGCGGAGUCAAAUACCCUGUCAUUGUCACUUACGGACCAUAUGGAAAAGACAUUGCUAAACCCGGACCACAAAUCCGUUCAUUCUGCUUGGAGACGCUGGAUCCAGCAUGGUGGACUCGCAAUGGGUACAUUGUUGUUAGGGCAGAUGAGCGAGGCAUCGGGCAGAGCCCUGGACUGCUGGAUACAAUGAGCCAGGGGACCAGCGACGCGUUCUUCGACGUUGUCGAAUGGGCUGCGGUGCAGAAGUGGUCCACAGGUAAGGUUGGCCUUCUUGGUAUUAGCUACUACGCUGGGACGCAGUGGCGAGUGGCUGCGAGGAAUCCCAAGGGGUUGGCGGCCAUCAUACCUUGGGAGGGGAUGUCGGACUACUAUCGCGACCGCUGCAGGCAUGGUGGCAUCCUAUCAAACAAUUUCAUUGAUAUAUGGUGGCGCGGCCAGGUCGUUGUCAACCAGUACGGGCGCCCCCGAUCGAAUCCCAAAAUACCGCCGACUAUCGAGGGGACACUUCCGGAGGAGGAGCUGCAGCGCAACCUGCGAGAUCAGCGCGUCGAUAAUGUCGAACAUAAGUACCUGGACGAGGAGUACUAUGCUUCCCGGGACUAUUGUCUGGAGGAUAUUAAAGUACCACUUCUAAGCGUGGCGAACUGGGGCGGCAUUCUUCUACACCUUCGCGGCAACGUCGAGGGUUAUUUUCAUGCAGGCUCAGAGACUAAAUAUCUCCACUUCAUUACUGGACGGCACGACCUUCCAUUUUAUUACCGGGAAAACGCCGCUCUGCAGAAAUCGUUUCUGGAUGCCUUUCUCAAGGGAGAGGACAAUCGAGGCUGGUCGACACCGGGCAAGAUCCCACCGGUAUCGAUUUUGCUGAGGGAGGGAGAUGUUGGAUUCAACGAUGGUUGCCAAAGAAAGCGGUUACCAGCGAAGGGAGGAGCCAUCAUGGCCCUUGCCAAAUACAGUCUAUACACGAUACUACCUCCUCCCGGACGGGGCCAUGACAGACCGUCCAAGCACAGCAGCUCUGCAUUGCUCGCUCAGAAAGGUGGACACGGCGCAUGCAUAUCACCGCGACUAUCUCCCAUACCGCAGCUAUGCCUCCACAAGUGUAGAGCCGCUUGUACCAGGCGAAGUUUACAAGGUCACAGUCGAGAUUUGGCCGACCAAUGUGGUCGUCAGUCCCGGGAAUAG